UGGUCACUAGUCCCACACAACUGUGUCGCAAAGAGCUUUUAGGGUUAUACGUGGGACAAUGUUUUACAAGUUCACAUGCAAUUUUCUGAGUCAUGUUAAAAGUGUUAAAUGUUGAUCAAAUGUAAAUAGUAUAAAAUAUAUAUGUAUGUAUAUUAUGUUUCUAUACUGAUGCAGGUUUGUUUGUAAUUAUAGUGUCAGAAAGUGACUUUGUUAAAACCAGUGAAUUUAUAAAAUGGCAACAAGUUCUCAGUCUUCAGUUGAGCUGGGUUUGCAUGAAGUGAAGGACUAUAUUUGUAAUGCCUGUGAAGACCAGAAUAAUGUUGCGACAAGUGCUGAUUUCUAUUGUAAACAGUGUGAACGGUUUUAUUGUGGAACCUGUAUUGAUCCACAUGGUAAAGCCUUGGCUAAACAUACUACAUUUGGAAGGGUCGAAAUAGAUAAAUGGCAAGUUUCAAAAAAGGUGGUGGAUUUUCUACAAACUUGUGAUGUUCAUAAGGACCAUAAAAUUGACCAAUUCUGCAACCUGCACAAACAGCUGUGCUGCCCUCAGUGUAUAUCUGAUCAACACAGCCAGUGCAGUAAAUUGACUCCAAUUAAUGAGCUGACCAACACUCAGCCCACAGACCUACAGGGACUGUCAGUGGAGCUCAAAACUGUUCUGGGAGAAAUCAAAAGCCUUCAUAUCAGUCAGGAGGCCAGCGUUGAGUCAUUGCAGAAAACAUACAAGGAACAUAGGGAAGUUAUGAUAGAGCAAAUGUGUGGCAAUUUAAAUACUUAUAUAGAUGAAUGUGAUAAUAAUUCUGUGGGUACAUCAGGCGGAAAUGAGCAAUAUUUAAAAGAAGAGAUGUGUAGGAGUGUUCUCUCUAUCGUGAAUGAAUUUGAUAAUAUUACUGCGAAGGAACUUAACGAGAUGAAAGAUGAAGUUAUCAGCAUAAAAGAGUCAGUUACAAGUUCUAUUAAUAAAUGCACCAGUAUUCACAAUGACUUGUCACAUUUCCAUGAAUUUGUUCAGAAAAUUGGAGAUAAUAAGGAGCUCUGCCUUAUAGCCAGCAUAAAAUGUAAGCAUAUAAUACAGCAGGCAUUAACUCUGCUAGGAAAGUCAAGCAAGGUGUUUAAUGUCCAGAGUAUUACUAAGCACAAUGUGAGAAAACCAAGUGAUAAAGUUGUAUGUUAUAUCGGUGGCAUAUGUGUUCUUCCCGAUGGGCAGGUACUGGUUGUAGACAGGAUAUAUCAGAAUGUCAAGCUGCUGAACCAGCAAUACCAGGUGGUGAGUCACUGGGAUGUGAAUGCUCGGCCAGUUGACAUUUGUUUGAUCAUACCCAGUGAGGUUGCAGUGGCUGUGAAUGACCAUGAUAGCAAGAUACAUGAGGUCCAGUUUAUCACUGUCAACCAGGGAAAGCUUGUUUCUGGCAGGAAGUUUCAGUUACAACAUGAAUGUACAUGUAUUACCCAUCACCAAGGAGACCUUUUUGUCACCUCUGGUCAAGAACUGUACAAAUACUCAUUGAAUGGCAAACUGAUCUGCAGACUCUACCAAGAUAGAUCAGCUGAUUGGACAGUAUGGAAGUGUGCUGUGAGUCCCACAGGAGACAGGCUGUACAUCAUCAGCUUCAGGAAGGACAAGCUUCUCACCCUGGCCAGGGAUGGCACACUCCUGGCUACAUUCACAGACCCAGCACUACGUCACCCAUCUGGUCUACAUGUGACCCCUGCAGGCCAGGUGCUGGUCUGUGGAUACAUGUCCGACACUGUACUACAGGUGGGCUGGGAGGGAGAGAGUAAGCUGGCUACGCUGGCUACUCACAAGGAUGGAGUGUUGUACCCAGCGUCAGUCUGCUACAGCAGCACCACAUCAUCCAUCAUUGUGGGACAGUACAGGAACAACAACAUCCUGGUGUUCAGAGUGGAAUAGUGU